AAACCAUAUCAUGAUGCCUGCCGCAUUGACACUUACAAGAAUCAUAAAUCUAUCAACUGCCUGCCUGUGCCUUGAAAAUGGGGCUAAGCAAGUUUAUGCUAGCCAUAUGCUUCGCGGGGUUAACCCUAACUCAUGAUCUUGCCCUAGCUCAAAACUCCGACCAAGACUUUUUGGAUGCACACAAUGCAGCUCGUGAUGAAGUUGGUGUUGGUCCUAUUUCUUGGGACGAUACCCUUGCAGCCUAUGCUCAAAACUAUGCUCGUGAGAGGAGGGACUGCAACUUGGAGCAUUCCAUGGGACCCUAUUCGGAAAACAUUGCUGCUGGCUGGAGUGGCUUUACCGCAAUAGAGGCAGUGAAGAUGUGGGUAGAUGAGAAGCAAUACUAUGACUAUGAGACCAACUCGUGUGUUGGCGAUGAGUGCAGACACUACACUCAGAUUGUCUGGCGCGACACAACGCAUCUCGGCUGCGCCAGGGUCAGGUGUAACAGUGGUGGGAUAUUUGUGACCUGCAACUACGAUCCUCCGGGAAAUAACGACGGCGAACGUCCUUACUAAAUGGUUUUAGGUACAAAUCAUUGUGUUAAAGUAUGUUGCAGUGUUUGUAUGUGCAUGGUAGUUAUUAAUUUUAUACAUAUGUACCGCUUUCGAUGGAUUUAGUGGAAAAUGAUGGUAAUAUUAUAAUCCUGAAGAAGAAAAUUUUCUCA